AUGCAUUGCACCAACUGUAACAAAAACGGGCACAUCGCUCGAUUUUGUAAAUCUCAAGUCCAACAAAACGCACAAGCUUCCAAUGCCGGAGAAAGUCGAACCUGCUAUGGUUGUGGUGAGGCGGGGCACUUCAAACGCAACUGCCCGAAAGCAAGAAACCCUAACCCGGGUGAAGUGGGCAGAGUUCUGCCGAUAGGCCAUGAGGAAGAAGUUGCAGACCCAACCAUAGUCACCGGUAUGUUUCUCCUCAACAAUACAUACACAUGCAUUCUUUUCGAUAGUGGCGCGGAGAAAAGAUUCGUGAGCCAUCAACUUAAACGCUUUCUUAAACAAAAACCACAAACACUAAAAGACACAUUCACUGUAGAAAUUGCCAACGGAAAAACAGAGAACACUAACGACAUUUAUACCGGGUGUACCCUCACCUUAAACAAGAACUAUUUCCAAAUCGACCUUAUGUCGGUCGUUCGCCUUAAUCUGCCAAGUGGCGAAACUCUCGUCGUCUAUGGCGACAAACCUAGCUCAAAGUUUCAGAUCAUUUCUUGUGUCAAGGCCCAAAAGUAUCUCUGCAAGGAGUACCACUCCUUCCUAGCCAACGACGUAGACAAGAAACAAGAAGCUAAAAACAUAAAAGAUAUUUCGGAGGUCUGUAACUUCCCUGACGUAUUCCCGGAAGACCUUCCAGGAGUGCCCCCUACUAGACAAGUCGAAUUCUGA